AUUACCAGUAGCUCUGGUUCUGCCGACCCGGGCGCUCGCUCGCCCUCGCGCGCGCACACGCACCCCCUUCACCUGCACAGACUUGAAAGUCCAGUUUCGCCAGAGAGACUGAGGCACCUGGAAAAGGGGAGAGAGUUCAUUGGAUCAAACAUGUCACAAGAGACGGACAAUAAAAACCGGCUUGUGACCAUAGUGCCAAGUGAUGCUCCGUUCAAUUCCAGAAGAGCCUAUACAAGUGAAGAUGAAGCUUGGAAAUCUUACCUGGAGAACCCCUUAACAGCAGCCACUAAAGCUAUGAUGAGCAUAAAUGGCGACGAGGACAGUGCUGCUGCUCUUGGAUUACUGUACGAUUAUUAUAAGGUUCCAAGAGAUAAGAGGCUGUUGCCUGUUAACAAAGUGAGUGACAGUCAAGAAGACCAAGAAAAAAGAAGCUGUCUUGUCACCAGUGAAGCUCAGAAUAACUUGAACAACAGUGAUGAAAAUAGAGUGCAGGUACUGAAAACGGUCCCUGUGAAUCUCUCUUUGAAUCAGGAGCAGCUGGAGACGUCCAAAAGGGAGCCGUUCAGCACCGGUGUGUCUGGAAGCCCAACCUCAAUUUCUGUGACGGGAGUCAUGGUGGUAAAAGCAGAAGACUACACCCCUGUUUACAUGGCUCCAUCAGUGCAUUAUGCAAGGGGUGAAAAUGAAGAGCAUCGGGGGGUUAUAUUUGAACAUGCACAUUAUGAAGUGCCCAGCAUCACACCCCAUACGACUUACAUGAAAGAUGACCAACGCAGUACUCCUGAUAGUACUUACAGUGAUACCUUCAAAGAUGGCAGUGCAGAGAAAUUUCGCAGUGGCUCUGUGGGGCCUGAGGAAUACAUUUACGAACAAACAGCCAGCACAUUUCGAUAUACUUUGGAAGCUACCAAAUCUCUGCGCCAAAAGCAAGGAGAGGGACCAAUGACCUACUUAAACAAAGGGCAAUUUUAUGCCAUCACAUUGAGCGAGACUGGAGACAACAAGUGUUUCAGACACCCAAUCAGCAAAGUCAGGAGUGUGGUCAUGGUUGUCUUCAGUGAAGAUAAAAACCGAGAUGAACAGCUGAAGCACUGGAAAUACUGGCAUUCCCGGCAACACACGGCUAAGCAAAGGGUUCUUGACAUUGCUGAUUACAAAGAGAGCUUCAACACAAUUGGGAAUAUUGAAGAAAUUGCCUAUAAUGCAGUGUCGUUUACUUGGGAUGUCAACGAAGAAGCAAAGAUUUUCAUCACUGUGAACUGCCUGAGCACAGACUUCUCUUCUCAAAAAGGAGUGAAGGGACUUCCUUUGAUGAUCCAGAUUGACACCUACAGCUACAACAACCGCAGUAACAAGCCCAUCCACCGUGCCUUCUGCCAGAUCAAGGUUUUCUGUGACAAGGGUGCGGAGAGGAAGAUUCGAGAUGAAGAGAGGAAGCAAAAUAGGAAGAAAGUGAAAGGCCAGCUAUCGCAACCUCCGUGUAGCAAUGCUGAAGGGAAACUGGCUGCGGUCCCUCUCCAGAAGAAGAGCGACAUCACCUUCUUCAAAACGAUGACUGACCUGGACUCCCAGCCUGUUCUUUUCAUACCGGAUGUUCACUUCGGGAAUCUCCAAAGGACCGGGCAGAUUUACUACAACACAGACGAUGAGCGAGAAGGAGGUCUCUUAACAAAAAGGAUAUUUCGGCCAGUAGAGGAGGAGUUUUGCUCACCACCGCUGAAACAAAUAAAAGAAGAAGGAGCCAAAAGAGUGCUGCUAUACGUGAGAAAAGAGGCUGACGAAGUGUUUGAUGCUUUGAUGUUAAAGUCCCCCACUGUAAAAGGACUCAUGGAAGCUAUUUCUGAGAAGUACGGCCUUCCAGCUGAGAAGAUUACAAAGCUUUACAAGAAGAGUAAAAAGGGGAUCUUGGUAAACAUGGAUGAUAACAUAAUUGAACAUUAUUCCAAUGAAGACACUUUCAUCCUGAACAUAGAGAGUGUGGCGGAAGGCUUCAAGGUCACAUUGACGGAGAUCUAAUCCUGUGUAGCAUCUUGCUCCUAUUUUAAGGAAGGGAACAGUUCCUCUACAGCCCUGAUGGCUCCCUAAUGCUGA